CCUUCAGUCUUCUUCAGGAUGGACAGUGAGGAGAGCGUCAGUGGUUCUUGGUUGGCUCUUCUGCUGCUCGGGGCUCAGCUCACUCUGGUGGGUCCCUCCGCCCCCUCGUCGCUCCGGGACGAUCCCUGGCAGGUUUACAGCUCGGCCCAGGAUCCAGAGGGACGCUGCGUCUGCACCGUCGUCGCCCCCCAACAGAACAUCUGCAACAGAGACGCCAGGAGCAGACAACUGAGGAACCUCCUGGAGAAGGUGCAGAACCUGAGCUCGUCCAUCUUGGCGUUGGACCUGAGGACCGUCUCAGAGCUUCAGUUCGUGGAGCAGAUGGAGACUCAGCUCAGGACCGUUGAGUCCAGGUUUAAGGAGGUUCAAGAGGGACACGAGACCAGCACCGCCCGGCAGUACAAGUGGAUGCGUGAGAAGAUGGCGGAGCUCCGCCCCCUGAUCCCCGCCCUGGAGUCAUACCGCGCUGACGCGGCGCUGGUGCGGCGUUUUAAGGCGGAGCUUCAGAACGUGAGCGAGGAGCUGUCGACUCUGCACGAGCACGUCCACGAACUCGGAGACGUCCACGAGAGAGUGACGGACCUCGAACUGCGCCUUAAAGCCUGCAUGAACCGCCUGGCCUGUGGGAAACUCACUGGGAUUUCUGAUCCUGUCACCAUAAAAACUUCAGGCUCCAGGUUUGGAUCCUGGAUGACCGACCCCCUGGCCCCACCUGGAGACACACGGGUGUGGUACAUGGACGGGUACCAUAAUAACCGCUUCGUGAGGGAGUACCCGAGCCUGUGGGACUUCAUGAGUUCGGAGAACUACACGUCUCACCGUCUGCCCCACCCGUGGUCGGGCACCGGGCAGGUCGUGUACAACGGGUCCCUCUACUUCAACAAGUUCCAGUCCCACACCAUCAUCAAGUUCGACCUGAGGGCGGGACUCAUCACCCGAGCUCGCCAACUCGACUUCGCAGGGUAUAAUAACAUGUACCAUUACUCGUGGGGGGGGCACUCGGACAUCGACCUGAUGGUGGACGAGGGGGGGCUGUGGGCCGUUUACGCCACGCACCAAAACGCCGGAAACAUCGUCAUCAGCCAAUUAGACGCCGAGUCUCUGACCAUCACCCGCAGCUGGGUCACCAACCACCCCAAACGCAGCGCCGGAGAGUCCUUCAUGAUCUGCGGCACCCUCUACGUCACCAACGGGUACUCAGGGGGCACCAAGGUGUACUACGCGUUCUCCACGAACUCUUCUUCGUACGAGUACAUCGACAUUCCUCUGGUGAAUAAAUACAGUCACCUGUCCAUGCUCGACUACAACCCCCGAGAGAGGGCGCUGUACGGCUGGAACAACGGCCACCAGGUUCUGUACAACGUGACGCUGUACCACAUCAUCCAGUAGACGGCGCCGCGUCCCAGGAACUGAACCUUAAUAUUAAUUUUUUAUUUAUUUACAAUUUCCUCCGACUGUUUCUGAACCGGGACUAAACCAGGACCAGGACUAAACCAGGACUAAACCAGGAGCAAGCCAGGACUGAACCAAGUCUAGACCAAGAGAAAAACAGGAUUAAGCCAAGACCAGACCAGGACUAGACCCAAUCAGGCGACAAUCAGACUGUUAUUAUGAUUUUUACAGAUUCUCGUUUGAAGCACAAAAGGUCGCCAGUGUUUUCUACUGCACCGAGCGCACGCCACACACAUCCGACCAGAACCAACCAGAACCAGACCAGAA